AUGACCGAUAAAACAUUAUUAACAACAGCUAGAAAGGCUAGAUUCGAUGAUUUACAAAAUUUCUCUGGACGUCCUUCUGAGGAUGUUGAACAUUUCUUAAAAAGCAUUAAAAAUAUUGUAAAAGCAAAUAAUAAAUCAGAUAAUCCUGAAAUUUUUGAAAUCGUUCGUGGCAAAUUAAUUCAAUCAGCAGGAUUAUGGUUCGAUAAUAAUGAACAAUAUUUUAAAAAAUGGGCAGAUUUCGAAACUGCAUUCCGAAAUUGUUAUUUUUCAACAACAAUGAUGCAUACAAAAUUUGAUAAAUUACAACAACGAAAACAAUUACAUGAUGAACCAAUUACAUCUUAUUUCGAUGAUGUUAUUAAUUUAUGUCGAGAAAUUGAUUCAAAUAUGUCUGACUCAAUUAUUAUUCAAUAUUUAAUGAGUGGACUUAAUCCUAGUUUUAAAAAGGAACUCUCUCGACGUGAAUCAUGUAUGAAUACAUUAAAUGAAUUUUUAAAAUAUGCUAAAAUUGAACAAGAUUUAUAUGAUACAUUUGAAAAAUCUCGACAAUUAUCUAUUGAAUCGAAACCAACUUAUUUAACACCUUAA